GACACCUUGGCAGAACGUCAGUUGAAAAGGGAAGCUACCAGCAAAAAGUGAAAUUCGUCAUCUUGGAACGAAAAAGAACCGUUCUAAAACGCCAUCAAAAGUUCCCGCAAGUGACAUCAGCUCAGCGCAAUCUGCAACCAUCUUCGUUGUCGCAGCCGAUUCAAGUUCCGGAACCCGGAGGAAGUGCCGUGCCGUCGGAGGGAGUGCCAUCUUCUGCUGCUACUGGAGCUUCUUCCUGCAAGUGGUGGACAAAGAAGAAGACGUGAGGGAAGAGUGAAGAGAGGAGGCGCGGGACGAAACUGCUAGCAAAAGAAGAGGAGGGAAGCCAUCGCCGUUUUUCGUGAGGCCAUCGUUUUCCAGCGGAGCUCUCGGUUUUUUAUUUUUCUGUGGGAAUGGCCCAGAACAUCAAUCCGGAACGGGCGGCCUCGUCGAACCCGUCCAAGCAGAACGACGAAACGCUGAUAAAUAACAACAACCACGCCGUUAGUAAAAGACUCCAGAAGGAGCUGAUGGCGCUGAUGAUGUCGUCGGAAAAGUCCAUCUCGGCCUUCCCAGAGGGCGAGAACUUCUUCAAGUGGAUCGGCACCAUCUGCGGCCCCGAGGACACCGUGUACAAGGGCCAAAAGUACAAACUGCUGCUCGAGUUUCCCAACUCGUACCCGUACUCGGCGCCGAACGUCAAGUUCCUGACGCCGUGCUUCCACCCGAACGUGGACCUCAGCGGUUCCAUCUGCCUGGACAUCCUGAAGGACAAGUGGUCGGCGCUGUACGACGUGCGGACGAUCCUGCUCUCGAUCCAGUCGCUGCUCGGCGAACCGAACAAUGACAGCCCGCUCAACUCGCAGGCGUCCCAGAUGUGGCCCAACCAGGUCGAGUACAAAAAGUACCUGGACGACUUUUACGAGAAGCAUAAAGAGGCCUAAAAGUGGGCGGAGCCUCGCGUAAGCAAGCAAACAAACAAUAGCAAACCAAUAAGGGAGGGAGGGAAGGGGAAAAAAGGGGUUGAAUGCGAUGCAAUGAUGAUGAUGAACGAGAGCGCGAAAGAGCGAACAAAUUAGUAGGAGGAAAUUUACGACGACGACGCGCAACGUAGAUUCCCUUGGCUCGACGAUGUUCGCAGGUAAUUUUUAGUUUUCAUUUGAACAAGAAACGUGAGACGGAUUGAGGGGAAAGAUUGGAUCAACACCGUUCGAUGGCUGGCGCGAAUUCGUAAUUCCGACAUCUUUAUAUAUUUAUAGAAAAGCAAGUGACUAACCUUUUAUUGUAUGAUUGACUCAUGUACCACAGAUCUGUUUUGAUAUAAUUUAUUCCAUAUAAUUUAAACACAAACGCAGCGUAUUUUUUUUGAGGCGUUUACGCACACAAUAUCCGUAUUCUAAAUUUUAACUAAAUUACAAAAACCCAAAACCAGACAUUCACGCAAGUUGAACAGAAUCGUACCCUAAGUAAAACACUUUAAACAUUCUCUAAAAAAAAGUAAUUUGUAGCGUUGUAACUUUUUCCACGUUAUUUAUUAUGAUUGACCUGCGCAGAGUAUUCACGCAAUGUAUAGCUAAUAACGGCGGUUUUCUUUCUGUGCGCGGAUUAAAAACUACAACAACAAUAGACUUUUCAUCUGUGUUUACAAAGUUGACUUAUUCCUCGUAUACGCGAGUGCAGAUGUGUAGAUUGCUUUAGAACAAUAGCAGUAGCAGCAUGCCACCACCAUUGCUUUUCGCAAAGCAAUGGCAGUAGUGAUGUCCACGUGGAGAGCUAAUCGACGUUUAGUUCUGAAUCACAAGCACUAUUUUCCGUUUACUCUUCUGAAUCAUUGUUUAUUUCUUUCCGUUUUUUUAUUUAGGUAUAAUUUUGGUAUUUGUAAAACGUAUAAAUAAAUAUCAAAUAUUCCACUGUA